AUGAAAAUUCUAGCUCUUCUUGGACUUCUGGGAACUACAUUAUCAGCCCCACUUAUCCCACAACGUCUUUUGUCUGCUAGCAACAGCAAUGAGUUACUUCUGAAACUUAACAAUGCCCAACUUUUGCCACUGCAGCUCCAGGGCCCAUUCAAUUCAUGGAUUCCUCCUCUCUCUGGUGUUCUUCAACAGCAGCAGCAGGCUCAAAUUCCAGGACUCCCUCAGUUCUCCUUACCAACUCUGGACCGGUUUGUUGGAUUGCUCCCCAAUCAGAUGCCUUUCUCAGGACAGGCCAGUUUUACCCAAGGAGCCCAGGCAAACCCAAUGGAUCCCUCACAGCCUCAACCACCCCCGCAGACCCAACAGGGCCCUAAUCACGUGAUGCCUUAUGUAGUCUCCUUCAAAAUGCCUCAAGAGCAAGCACAGAUGCUUCAGUACUAUCCGGUUUAUAUGCUCCUACCCUGGGAACAACCUCAACAGACAGUCACACAGUCACCUCCACAAACAGGGCAACAGAAAUUUGAGGAGCAGGUACCAGUCUAUACUCAAUUUGGAUACAUUCCACAACAAGCAGAACCUGAUACACCAGGGGGACAGCAGCAAGCUUCUUUGGAUCCUCUUUUAGGCACAGCUCCUGGAAUUGCUAUACUGCCAGCAGGAGGAGUGAUACCAUAUUUACAAAAAGAAGUGAUAAACUUUAGGCAUGACAGUGCAGCAGUUUUCAUGCCUUCAGCUUCACCAAAACCCAGCACAGCCAAUGUUUUCACUUCUGCUAUACACCCAAGUCUUGCCCCUGAGCUCCCGGAAGAGAAGGCCAAGACUGAUAGCCUAAGGGAACCAUAA